ACCUUAACUUCUACCAUGGAUCCUUUACAACACCCUCCUUCUCUCACAAAUAUGCAGGAUUACCCUGAUUCUUUAAAUCUUUCAGAAGUCGAAAGCUUGUCUGACUCAGAUUGGCUCGAUAUUGCUAGCAACAGAGAAUCCGACGAUAACGACUCGGUUUGCUCUUCCCGGGAUACAGAUCAUGAUGAAUUGGAGCGUCGUCAGCUGUCUGACUCAAGGUCACGAAGGUCUUCCACCAGCUUUGGCAGCUCGCGAGACGGAGAGGUUGAUGCAUGGGAAGGGUUUGUCGAGGAUAGCGCAGACGAGGGUACACCCGAUGAUGUCCGAGUGCCUGUCUCUCCCACCUUGCCGCAUACAGCUGAUACCAGCUCCACUAAUUCCGAAUUUUUUGAGAGGGAUCCUCUUGAAGAGCAACGGGUUAAAGAGGGUUUGGAUCAGAGCAUGAUCAGUACCCUGAGCUCAUCUCGAUCCAGCUCUCUUCACUCAUCCACCAUACACACUUCAUCUCGUGAUUUACGCUUGUCCUUCCCGGACCCUAUCAAGAGCUCUUUAGACGAGCUCGCCAAUACUUCUUACGAGGACAUACCGUCACCUUCGGAGACAACAUCUUCAGUGGCAGAUGGUGACAUCGCGAUGGCGCUUCCGCAGCCUGUGGAUCCGGGUUCGUCCCUUACGCCCGAGGUCCCUGCUCUCGCCGAGCACAUCCCCGAUGUUUCUACUCCGUUUAUCACGUCUGACUUGAACAUUUCUUUAUACGGAUUUUCAUCUGCAAAUAAAUGGUCUAUGGCCGACAAGAUUUUGGAGAAAUUAGCGCUUGGCGCUGGUGUAACUAUCGCUCUCUCUCUUGAAGAUUUCGACGGAUCAAUUCGACAGUUUUCUGUCAAGGAAAAGGCAGGUCGCAACAUGCCUUUUCCUAACAUCAUAACUGUCGUCGACAGGACUCGGGAGAGCGUCAAUGAUAAAGAAGACCUUUUCACAGACCAACCGUCUUUGGCCAUCGUUUAUAUGCCGUGCUCCCCUAUUUCUUUGUCCACGCAUACUUUUUAUCUACCAAUCCUCGUGCCCUCCCUUUCUGUCUUAGACUCUUUAGGGUCGGAAGAUACCUUGCGUGGCUCUGCUCAACAGAUGUGGGAUGUUCUUAACAUCCCACAAAGUAAGAUCUUCCCUAUCAUGGAAGGCACUCACUCCUCCGUAGUUGAAGAAGAAAUCAUCAAUCGGCUCCCACCGUCUCAAGUCUGCCGGGCUUUUGAGCGGCUUUUGACACGAGGGAAGCGAACGAACAAGGGUUUAAGGGAACUGAACCAUGCUCCAGUCAUAACUUUGCUCACCAUCGUUUCACUGGUGCUGGGGGUUGUAGUCAGUUCGACUAUGCCCUCGUCAGGACCUGCUAUGGCACCCACUCCUGUGCCAUCCACGACAUAUAGCGCCUCUUCGUCGAUUUGGGGUUUACUUCGUCCAGCGGUCAACCAUUCUCACACGGUCAUACCACCCAAGACUGAACUUACGUCUGCGGUCAUUUCUUCUUCUCUUAAAGAUUUCGCUCUCUCUGUGUUUAAUCCUGUUCCGACUUCAUCGAACUCGAAAUACUGCACAGGACCAAUCACCGAGUGUGGAUGCGGGCGUCCGCCAUCGUCGUGGGGAGAGCGGUUCAAAUCUUCUACAGACAUCAUCCUCCGACCGAUCCCUUCUGGCUUAACUUUUGACACAAGUUCUAAUGCACUAUCUCUCAUCCCACAGGCCAGUCAAAUUGCCCGACAAUCUGCUGCCUCAGUGCCUACACUGUCUUCAUCGUCCGAGCUUUCCACAGCAUCUUUCAGCUUUGGUCUAGGCCUCACUCUUCCCACCUCGCUGUCCCAUGCUGUAAAUCUUUACAUUCCACCGUUGCUUGCAGUCGUUCGGGACGAUGUCCAAGACAUCUUGGACGCCCUCGAUGAGUUGAUGCGUGUCAUUUCUCAUCAGGCAAACUUCAUGUUUUCGCAGACCACUGCUUUGAUUCAACGGUCCGCUAUCUAUGCUGAGAAGGGCUCUGAUGGUUUGAAGAGUGCAAAGGAGACAUUGUAUCGACGACAUGAGCGGGCGCAGAAGCGUGCUAGGGAAAUGAAAGAGAAGGGCGCUCAAUGGAUCGUGCAACACGCCGGGUUUGCGAAGGGAAAGGCAAAAGAGAUUGCGGAAGGACUGGGAGUGGAUGGUUGGAGAUCUCAGUGGUUCGGUAAGGAGGGCUUUGCACACAAAGAAGAAGUAGAAACCGACGAUUGGGUAUCCCAAUGGUUUGGUAAUGGGGGAUAUGGACAAGAAGGUAAAGUCCCAGAGGAAGUUGAAGAAGUUGAGAGCUGGGGAUCGCACUGGUUCGGGAAAGAAUUGAAUAAACGAUAUGCUGAUGCGGAGAGUGCAUCAUGCAGCACUGGUGGUAAGAAGGCGAAGAAGAUUAACAGGGGCUGCAGAGACGGUAAACUUGGCAGGCUCAGUCGAAUGCAGAAGAGAAAUAGGAAAUUUGCGCGGUCCAUCGAACAGGCAUAAUCUUUCCCCGGGCUUUGUUGUAAUUAAAUGGCAUCUAUUGUAGGUUAUCUGAAUGUAUAUUAGCUUAUAGCUACGUAGGUAACAGGAGUAUGAAUUGUAGUGAAUCAUGCAU